GUAGUCAGCAGUUAACAUGUUUUAUGGCUUGUCAUGAUCACGGAAGUCAUUUGUCCUCAUACAGGAAUGCUCGCUACUAGGAGCUUUUGAAAGCUAAAAUUGGUUGAGAAUGUUGUUUCGGUUCAGCCGUAUAGCUUUGUGUAGCUUCAAUACGUCAAGGCCUGCGUAGUCACGGAGUGCAGCGCUGAAAGAUUCUACAAUCGUCUGAAUAUGUUUCAAACGCUUUUAAGAUGACAGAUGCGCCGGAACUUGUUUCUAAAAAAGUGGAAACCUCCACUCUAACACAAGAGCACCCUGAAGACGAGAAGACCCAGGACAUUUGUAAGCAGUAUGCAUUCAUUAGAAGAAUCAAAGGAGACGGCAACUGCUUUUACAGAGCCUUAAUCUUUGGACAUCUGGAGUCACUGUUACAAAAUGUGAGAGAUAUGCAGAAUUUCAAGGAUAAACUCAUGCAGACUAGUAAAGACCUCCUGACUGCAGGUUUCAAUGAGAGCUCAUUCAAAGACAUACUUAACACAUUUGUCAGUGUUGUGGAGCGCUGCGAAGCAGAUGACCAGGGCACCACCCUGUUAGAGCUCUUCAAUGAGCAGCAUGCCUCUAACAGUACGGUACAGUACCUAAGGCUCCUCACGUCGGCCUACCUACAGAACCACUCUGACUUCUUCCAACACUUCGUAGAGGCACCUAGUCUGAAGGAGUACUGCACGCAGGAAGUGGAGGCUAUGGCAAUGGAGUGUGACCAUGUUGAGAUCACGGCCUUGUCUGAAGCCCUGGGGAUAAGCAUUCACAUUGUGUCCAUGGAGGAAGGUGAUGGACGUCUCACUCACCAUACCAUUCCAGAAGGGGCAAACCCCUCCCUGCACUUGUUGUACAAGACAUCCCAUUAUGACAUACUCUACCCGAAUAUACAUCUCUGAUCAUCAUAGGCAGACCACAGUUUCUCUCAGGGUUACUUUUAAAUUAAAAGUAAAUUGCACCUCUUGGGGUGAAUAUAAACACUGGCCAAAGUU